AUGGAGGCAGUCGCAAUGUCGCCGUCCUCCGUCUCGUCCCACAACCUCGACGCCGCCUCCACCAGCGACGACAUGCCGUCCUCGCAAGAGGGCCUCCUCUUCUCGGACAGCCUCAAGGACUUGAGGAAUCUGCGGUCGCAGCUAUACUCAGCGGCAGAAUAUUUUGAAGUAUUCUACACAAACAACUCGCACAGAUCUACGGUGGUGACGAGUUUAAAAGACUACGCAGUUGAGGCACUCGUUAGCACGGUUGACCAUCUUGGCUUUGUGUCGUACAAGGUGGAUAAUCUCGUCAAUGAAAAGGCUGACGAGGUUAAUGAAACAGAAUUUCGAGUAUCGUCGGUUGAACAGAGGGUAAAGAUUUGCCGGCAGGCAAUUGACCAGGAGGGAAGAUCUCAACAGUCUCUUCUUAUCAGGGCGCCGCAGUACCACAGGCGUUACAUAUUACCAGGCGUAGAUAUAGUGGAAUCCGCUAUCCAUCCAGUUUCAGAGCUCACACGGUACAGCAGGCAACAUACGGGUCGCAAAAUGCGCAAGUCUCAGUCUACCAUGUCCACUCCAGUUAGUAGGCAGACAACGAUGAGGAGUGUCCGUUCACGGUCUCCAGCAGUUCGUGAAACACAUCAUCGAUCACGAUCCAUGUCGCCGUCUCGAAAAGCGCGAGCUAAAUCACCAUCACCCCAAGUCGUGAACUUGAAUCCGAAAGAAACAAGAGCAGGUUCGCCAAUACCAACUAUUCCCAUUCCCCUGGCGCGAUCUGCUACAGUUGCAAGAAGACCACCUCUGGAUCCAAAGCAUUUUAGACAAACCUCGAUGCAGGUGCAAUCCGACUAUGAACACCAGAAAGAGCGGGAGAAAAGAUCAAGCAAAGGCAGGGGCUUCCUCAAGUCGCUGCUCACAAGACGCCGGUGGAGGAAUGACGAGUCGCUCUACAAUUACUUGGACGAGUACUGA